UUCCAUGCAUACCAACUUCUCCUUCAUACAUUCCUUUGCUUUUGUUUCAUUUGUUUUAUACAAUGGCAACCUCUCUUAUCUCUCUCUCUUUCGUUUUUGCAAUUCUAUUAAUAAUGCAUGCUAAGGCAAAAGCUUCUACGUGUAGCGACUGUUUCACUCAAUCCCGGGCAUCCUACUAUCCCAAUUCUGAUGAGAAUGGAACUGACACUGGUAGAUGCGGAUAUGGUUCGUUUGGAGCAACCAUCAACGAUGGACUUGUCUCAGCAGUAUCUGAUCUCUAUAGAGAUGGAGUUGGCUGUGGUGCUUGCUAUGAGGUGAGAUGCAGUAACAGUAACUAUUGCUCAGACAAAGGAGUUACCGUAGUUGUAACAGACCAUGGCUCAGGUGAUCGAACAGACUUCAUUAUGAGCAGUAGAGCCUUUCGUCGAAUGGCUCAAACUACUGAUGCAGCUUCAUCUUUGAUAUCCCUUGGUGUGGUUGAUAUCGAAUACAGACGUGUUUCUUGCAGCUACCCCAACAAAAAUAUCACAAUUAAAAUAGAUGAGAACAGCAAUUACCCUCACUAUUUUGCUUUUGUCAUAUACUAUCAACAAGGGAAGAAAGAUAUCACUGCUGUGCAGCUUUGUGAGACUCAAAAUUUUGUCUGCAAAGUAUUGGAUAGGAGUCAAGGAUCAGUAUGGACAACAAACUCACCGCCAAGUGGAGCUCUGCAAAUAAGGAUGCUAUUCAGUGAUGAUGAAGAUGAGUCUUGGGUUGUCCCUGUGAAUAACAUACCAGAGGAAUGGAAAGCUGGAGAAACAUAUGAUACAGGAGUUCAAGUGAACCUGUAAAUCAUCUGCAACAAUUUUUUUAUUAUUAUGUAUUCAGCAAGUAACAUAGAAUAAGUCCCUGAUUUGCGCCAUUAGUAGUUGUAAUAGUGUGCUUCAUUUUAUUAAUUAAAUUUCUUCGUUUGCAAAGGUGUUAUGCUAUAAAAAGAGUCAGUAAAGUCAUGAAUGUAAUCUUUUUGUGAUAAAUUAAUAAAAAAAAUCAAGCUAUCCUUCUAAAUGUGA